GCGUGGCCUCUGCACAUCAUUCCACUGCAAUGGAAAUCAAAUGAAGGUGGCUUAAUGCAGCUGACGGAGGCACGCGUUUGAAGGAUGUAGCCCGCGAAGCCACUCUCCCAUAUCCUUGUCUCGGGGAGGCUGUGGAUUCCUUCCAUCGAGGUGCGGACACAGCCGAUCGCUGAGCCAUGCGCAAGCCCUGACGAGGGGGUUUGAUCUCUCCGCCGGACCUCUGGCUGCUCCCCUCUUUUUUUUUUUUUCUGAACCAGUUAUUCUUCCUGCUCGUAAAAGAGAUGUGCGCCAUGGAGCUGGAGUAAAGCGAAUUCCGCGACCCCAGCACCGAGCCGCAUCCGCCCGCACGCAUGGAUGUGUUCAGCUUUGUGAAGAUGGCAAAGCUGUCAGGCCACAAGACCAAAUCGUCUGGCUGGCCAUCCCCUUCUGGGACCUGGAGUGCAUCACAGGGACCCCCGUAUGGAUGGGACAUGGCCUCCAACAGGGAGGGGAGAGACUGUUUCAUCAAUCACGUAUCCAAAAGCAGCUCGCUGGAGGAGGUCCGUUUGGAUGGGGGACAGUUUGUACCCCCAGCGCCCCGCAAGGUGGAGAUGAGACGGGACCCAGUCCUGGGAUUCGGCUUUGUGGCAGGCAGUGAGAAACCGGUGGUGGUCCGCUCCGUCACCCCAGGUGGUCCUUCUGAGGGCAAGCUCAUUCCAGGGGAUCAGAUCGUCAUGAUAAACGACGAGCCGGUCAGUGCAGCACCCAGGGAGCGAGUCAUUGACCUUGUAAGAAGCUGUAAGGAAUCCAUCGUGUUGACAGUUAUUCAGCCUUACCCGUCUCCCAAAUCUGCAUUCAUCAGCGCUGCAAAAAAGGCCAAGUUAAAGUCAAACCCAGUCAAAGUGCGCUUCGCUGAAGAGGUCAUUAUAAAUGGUCAGGUUCCAGACACUGUGAAGGAUAACUCACUUCUUUUCAUGCCAAACGUUUUGAAAGUAUACCUGGAAAAUGGACAGACAAAGUCUUUUCGUUUUGACAGCAGUACUUCGAUCAAGGACGUUAUCUUGACUCUGCAAGAGAAGCUGUCCAUCAAGAGCAUUGAGCACUUCUCCCUGAUGUUGGAACAACGCUCAGAAGGGACUACGAGCAAGCUGCUGCUCCUCCACGAACAGGAGAUGCUAUCUCAGGUGACACAAAGGCCAGGGUUGCACAAGAUGAAGUGCUUUUUCCGAAUAACCUUCGUUCCAAAGGACCCUGUUGACCUGCUCAGGAGAGAUGCGAUGGCUUUUGAAUACCUCUAUGUGCAGAGCUGUAAUGAUGUGGUGCUGGAGCGCUUUGGGUCUGAGCUGAAGUAUGACAUGGCCCUCCGCCUGGCCGCUCUGCAGAUGUACAUCCUUACCGUCACCACCAAGCAGACUCAGAAGGUCUCCCUCAAAUACAUUGAGAAAGAGUGGGGCCUGGCUCUUUUCCUCCCCCCAAAUGUGCUGUCCAGCAUGAAGGAAAAGAACAUCAAGAAAGCCCUGACCCACAUUCUCAAAACCAACCAGAACCUUGUGCCACCAGGCAAGAAGCUAACUGCUUUACAAGCAAAGGUGCACUACCUGAAGUAUCUCAGUGAUCUGAGAUUGUACGGGGGCCGAGUGUUCAAAUCAACACUUCUGCAGGGGGAAAAGCACACGGAGGUGACUUUGCUCGUGGGGCCCCGGUACGGCAUCAGCCACGUGAUCAACACCAAGACCAACCUGGUAGCCCUGCUGGCUGACUUCAGCCACGUCAACCGCAUCGAAAUGUACACAGAGGACGAGAAGAACAUCAGAGUGGAACUGCACGUCCUGGACGUCAAGCCCAUCACCCUGAUAAUGGAAUCCAGUGAUGCCAUGAAUCUAGCGUGCCUGACUGCUGGGUACUACAGACUGCUGGUGGACUCUCGCCGUUCCAUCUUCAACAUGGCCAACAGCAGUAACGCAGGCAGUGUGGAUGCAGGCCAGGAUCCCAGGGGGAAGCUAAACUACCAAGCUAUUGAAUGGACGUACAGCACCUCCUUUAGUGGAUGUGAAGACCCUAAUACUCAAAUUGGCAUGAGAGAGCCCUAUAGCAAGGACUCUGACUUCCCAGAUUAUACGGGGAGUGAAAAUGAAGUCACUCCAAUAUAUUUCACAGAGGUCCAGUCAUCCCAGCAUGCUGUGCAAAUGGGUGAGAGGGCAAACAGGGGGGAUAGAAGUGUGCACUCUCAGCCGUUUCUGUCUGUGCCAAGACACAAAGCCCAGGACUCUCCCAGAAGCGCUAAGGUGUCCUUUAUAUUUGGAGACCCCCCUUUAGACAGUGUUAACCCCCAAAACCUGGGAUAUGAGAGGUUACUGGAUGAAACCCCUGAGAUUUUAGAUGAUCACAGAGCCAUGUUUCUGCAAAACAAUGAGGACUUUAAAAAUGUGGAUCCAUCAGUGGAUGGUGAAGGCUUUCAGUACGCCUCCCACGCAGUCUACAGCAACAUCGGGAAUACGGAGGGCAUCGAGGAGCCCCUACUGCACGACAUCUGCUACGCGGAAACCACGGACGAUGCCGAGGACGAGGAUGACGCCAGCUGCGAGGAGGACAUGGUGGUCGGGGAGGUGGAGAAGACCACGCUCCUCAAGCUCUCGGGCUCUAGCGACGACAUCAUCGACCUGACCUCCCUCCCGCCACCAGAGGGCGACGACGAGGAGGACAAUGACAUCCUCCUGCACUCUCUUAAUCUGGCCAUUGCUGCUCCCCCGCCCGGGUUCAGGGACAGCUCAGAUGAGGAAGAACACCACGGCUCGAGGGGAACAGAAGGGAAUGGCCCAGGCACAAACAGCAGCAUUCCUGUAUCCCUGAUUGAUGCUGUUCCCACACAAGGGGAAGGCAGCAGUGAAACAACCCUUGAUGAUGCUGUGGUCUCUACAUUACAGGCACUGGAGGCCCUUGCAGCAUCAGAGGAACCCUCCCACCCUCAGUCAAACAAUAGUUCAGGUGUAGCACUAUCUCGAGCUUUCAGCCCAGAGUCAUCCUCAGAUUCUGGAAAUGAGACAAACUCCUCUGAAAUGACAGAGAACUCGGAGCUGGCCGCUGCCCAGAAACUUUCAGAAAGCUCCAUGCGCUUGUUAGUCGCCACCACCGAGGGAUACCAGCCACUUCUAGAAGAGAAGACAGAGUUUCCUGUUUCUCCUUGUGAGGGAGACUCUGUCCUGAAGAUGCCCCAUAACCUCCCAGGUCGCCAGGAAGCAGAGGCGCAGUCGGCGGCCGUACCUUCUAAGCAGAUCCUUCACUCGGACGACAUCGAGAUGGAGCCCGAAACCAUGGAGACCAAAUCUGUGACCGACUACUUCAGCAAAAUGCAGAUGGGCACCCUGAUGACUUGCAAUGGAAAGAGGAGGGAGAAGGCAGGAGAGGCUGAGCCCAGAGGGCCCUUUGACACCAACACCACCGGUAAGCGGCAGAUAAAGAUGGCCAAUCCCAACGGCGAGGACCAGCACCUAGCGGGGAAAUACAACACCUUCACGGCGAGAGACGCCCACCGCAUGAGCCACUUUGACCAGGAGCGCACCUCUUUCCGAGAAAAGAGCCAAAGGUGGCAAGCGCUGUCGGAAAACGCCGCGGCAGAGAGUCAGACCUUAGGGCAGCUGAGCGCUCCCAGUCCAUUGCGUGAGCCUCGCGUGGGUAGGCCAGACCUCAAGGAGGCCGAGCAGCUGGCGGGGGGUCACUGCUCCGCUUCCAGGACGGGUAAGGAAGAAAGCGUCCACGCAGACGCGCCUCUCAUCUCCUCAGCCAAAGAACCGAUCAGCUCCGAGCAAGCUAGCUUCGCCAGCGAGGAGCAACAGCAGGCGAAGCCAAGCCCGGCCGCGCAGCCUGUCCCCCGUCUGUGCGAGUACCACCUGGCCAAGCGCAUCUCGUCCUUGCAGAGCGAGGGCCACCACUCCCUGCAGAGCUCCCAGUGCUCCUCCCUGGAUGCCGGCUGCAGCACAGGGAGCAGCAGCUGUGCCACGCCCAUGGAUUCACCUCUCUGCUCCUCUGAAAACAAGCUCCUCCUCUCCGAGGCGUCCCUGAAAGGCCUGGGCCACAUCGGGGGUGAGGAGAAAGCCCACAGCACCGCGAGCCAUACGCCUCAGGGCAAGGAUCUUCACCCCAAUGCGGAUCCCGCCCUCCUGAGGAAAAUGCUCCCUAACUUACACAACACGAAUAUCUCUGAUCCCGUGCUCAGUACUGUGCGAGAGGGGUGUCACCGGAUGCCUAAGAUUAAAGAAACUACAGCUUUCACAGAGCUCAGGAAGGCACGAAGAGGAGACGCGCCUUCAGCCUUUUCCCAACAGGUCAAUGCCGACGCCAUGCCGCCCCCGCCACCAUCUGACAUUAGCGCAGAUUCCAAUGUGCCAAAGCAGGAACCAGCCGACCUCCCCAAACAGAACCAUGCCCUGCCACCCCUCCCCUCGCACCCCCGUGACCCCAGCAGCGGCAGCCUGAGGCGCCCCCCCAGAGGCCGGAAGCUGACACGCAGCUCCAGCAGCAUUUCCGCUGGCUCCGGGAGCUUCGAAGCGCUAAUCGAGAAAACCAAAGCCACAAUAGGUGGCAAGUGUUUACAGUUUCCGCAGUCGCCCGACUCCAAGCUGCUAAAGAGGCCUGCGGGGAAGAGGUUGUUUAAGAGCUACUCCCAGGGCUCUGUCUCCUCCCAGUCCGCAAGCGGCAGGGACCGCAGGAGAGCCUCGGUCAUGCUCCCGGUGCCAAAGGAUUCCAAGCAGCUCAGAGCUUUGCCAAAACGGGACGCCGGCGCUUGGAGGUGCCACGGCCCCUUCAGCCACUGCUUCCACAAAAACAGCAGCGUUGUUGAGGAUGACGACGACGACAAUGAAGACGACAGGGAAGGGCUUUCGUACCACUCCUCCCUGCGUUCGCCCCCAGGGGGUCCAAGGUCCCCGCGGCUGUCGUCCGGGGGGUCCCGCGGCGACUCGGAGGAGGCGGCCUCACCGGGCGGCUUCUUUACCGACCCCGCCAGCCAGCAGCGGCGCUGGGGUGACGUCGACCUGAACGACAUGAGCUUCAGCGCCAGGCUGGCGCGCAUUGACGCGCUCAAAGACAGGAUGUACACCUUCCCCGCCGGCUUCUCAGCCGCGCAGAAGGACGCCAGCGAGCUCAUCGCUCUGGUGCGGUCCAGCGUGGGGAAGAAAGAGACCGCGUUCAUCGAGGCCCACGAGGACAACCUCACCCAGUACAAGCAGCUGCUUUCUCUCGAGUCCAAGGAGCUGGGCGACGCCUGCAGGAAAAUGGCCUUGGCACACAAAAGCCCUGAAGAAAUGCUCUUGGCCAUAACCUGCAGCUUCCAGGUGCUCUGCUGCCUGACCGAAGCUUGCAUGUGCCUAGUGAGGGGAAUGAAGGCAGAGGCGCAGCAGCGCGAAGUGGUUGCCAAAGUGGACGAGGUCGUCAUGAACUACAUCUGCCUGCUGAGAGCCGCUGAGGCGGCCUCGGCCGGCAGCCCCAGCGACCACAGCGUUUCGGCCCUGGCGAGGCACUCCACCACCAUGUCCGCCAUUGUAAACACACUCACACGCUCACUCAAAACACUCCUCAACAAGUAAAAGCUGUGCUCUUUCUAAGUACUUUUUGCAAAGCCAUACACAGAAAUGUGGGGCUACUUUAUCCCCACUAUGUGAACUGCUGUAAUAAACAUUGCCCCAUGUAAAUUUUGUUUUAUAUGUAAACAAAAAUGAAUUAUAUACAACACAAUCGAUAUGUAAAAAGAAAAAAAGGAAAUAUUUACCCUUCUUUAGAGAGUAAGUUAA